AGUGAAAUCUGAAGCGAUUGUUGCCCGACGAGAACCCAAAGAGGAGGUGGAGGAUGACAACAUUCCCAUAGCUCAGCGUCGCCGCUUCACACGUGUGGAAAUGGCCCGGGUUCUGAUGGAACGCAAUCAAUACAAAGAGAGGUUGAUGGAGCUCCAGGAGGCUGUAAGGUGGACAGAGAUGAUCAGAGCGUCCCGUGAGCACCCAUCCGUCCAGGAGAAAAAGAAGUCCACUAUUUGGCAAUUCUUCAGCCGUCUGUUCAGCUCGUCUUCAAGUCCCCCACCAGCAAAGAGGACCUACCCAUCGGUGAACAUCCACUACAAGUCUCCAACAACGGCAGGAUUCAGCCAGCGUCGCAGUCACACCAUGUGCCAGAUCUCCUCCGGCAGCCGCACUCUUGAAUUCUUCCCCGAAGAUGACUGUACCUCCUCAGCACGUCGCGAGCAGAAGCGGGAGCAGUACCGCCAGGUCCGGGAGCACGUGAGGAAUGAUGAUGGGCGACUGCAAGCCUGUGGCUGGAGUCUCCCUGCCAAGUACAAGCAGCUGAGUCCCAAUGGUGGCCAGGAAGACACUCGCAUGAAGAACGUCCCCGUGCCUGUAUAUUGUCGUCCACUAGUAGAGAAGGACCCAACCAUGAAGCUGUGGUGUGCAGCUGGAGUCAAUCUCAUGGGAUGGAGACCUUUUGAGCAGGAAUCUGGGAAUGGACAGAAACUGGAACCUGGGCGUGAUCCUCUCACCUGUGACCGAGAAGUAGAAGGAGAGAACAACAAGAGCAAUCAUACAUCUCCUGAAAAGAAAAAGGCAAAGGAGCUUCAUGAAAUGGAUGCCACAUCCAGUCGUGUCUGGAUCCUCACCAGUACCCUGUCAACAAGUAAAGUUGUAAUCAUUGAUGCCAAUCAGCCUGGUACAGUGGUGGACCAGUUCACAGUCUGCAAUGCUCACGUGCUCUGCAUCUCCAGCAUCCCUGCGGCCAGUGAGAGUGAUUAUCCUCCAGGCGAGAUCUUUUUGGAGGGAGAUGUUAAUCCUGAAGAGUCGUCUGGAACAGAUGGUGUCUUGGCAGGAAUCACUCUGGUGGGCUGUGCGACCCGUUGCAAUGUGCCACGAAGCAACUGCUCCUCGCGUGGUGACACGCCUGUGCUGGACAAGGGACAGAGUGAGGUGGCUGCUGUCUGCAAUGGGAAGAUCAACCAGUCCCAGUCUACUGAGGAAGCGACAGAAGCUACCGAGAUACCAGAGAAUGGUACAAGUGAGACCGAAUCUGCUCAGGUCCAGCCUGGGCCGCUCACAGAGCAUGUGUUUACAGAUCCAGUCCCUCCUCAGGCACCUCCUAGGCAGAACAGUGAGAACGGGCAGCAGAAGACAGAGUCAAGCACAGGGUCAACAGAUCAGGAAUUGAACGGGGAUGCUGCUGGGACUUGCACCAGUGCUGCCCCCACCAUGUGGCUGGGAGCACAAAAUGGCUGGCUUUAUGUGCAUUCUGCUGUAUCCAACUGGAAGAAGUGUCUGCACUCAAUAAAGCUGAAGGAUUCUGUACUCAGCCUAGUACACGUGAAAGGAAGGGUCCUUGUUGCGCUGGCAGAUGGAACACUAGCCAUAUUCCACCGAGGAGAGGAUGGUCAGUGGGAUCUCAGCAAUUACCACCUAAUGGACCUGGGUCACACUCACCAUUCCAUCCGCUGCAUGGCUGUUGUGUAUGACAGAGUCUGGUGUGGCUACAAGAACAAAAUCCACGUCAUCCAACCUAGGACGAUGCAGAUUGAGAAAUCCUUCGAUGCACACCCUCGUCGGGAGAGCCAAGUGCGACAGCUGGCAUGGAUUGGAGAUGGAGUCUGGGUUUCUAUCCGCCUGGAUUCCACCCUGAGGCUUUACCAUGCCCACAGCCAUCAACAUCUGCAGGAUGUGGACAUCGAACCGUAUGUCAGCAAGAUGCUAGGCACUGGAAAGCUGGGCUUCUCCUUUGUACGGAUUACAGCUCUGCUCAUUGCUGGCAACCGCCUCUGGGUAGGGACAGGGAACGGUGUUGUCAUCUCCAUCCCGUUGACAGAGACUGUAGUCCUCCACCGAGGCCAACUCCUUGGGCUCCGGGCCAACAAAACCUCACCCACCUCUGGAGAGGGCAGCCGCUCUGGUGGAGUCAUCCACGUGUACGGCGAUGACAACAGCGACAAAUCUGCCAGCAGUUUCAUUCCAUAUUGCUCCAUGGCUCAGGCACAGCUCUGUUUCCAUGGCCACCGUGAUGCUGUCAAAUUCUUCGUUUCAGUGCCUGGCAACGUUCUAGCGACGCUGAACGGGAGCGUGUUGGAUAGCCCCUCGGAGAACCCCAGUACCGCGGCCACCGAGAGCGAGGGGCAGAAGCUCAAGAACGUCCUGGUGCUGAGCGGAGGGGAAGGCUACAUCGACUUCCGCAUCGGGGAUGGAGAAGAUGAUGAGACAGAAGAGAAUGCAGGAGAUGCCACCCAGGUGAAGCCAGUACUUUCCAAGGCUGAAAGGAGCCACAUUAUCGUGUGGCAAGUAUCAUAUAUCCCUGAGUGAGAAAUUUUCCUUUCCUACCAAUGUAAGUCUCCCUCCUCCCACCUGAAUGCCAAGAUGUACAUACAGAACUCCUGCAUUAUACCUACUGCUGGAAACCGACCCCAGACAACUGCAACAGCUCCUGCCUUGGACUGUGACCCCCUUCUAACCUCUGAACUUGCAGCUUUCAUCUUGGGCCCGUGCUCUUUCUGCGUGGUUGGAUUAUUGUUCUGCUCUGGAGCUGGCAUCUACAAGGAGAGAAAUGGCAGCUCAUGGAUGAAGUGAAGCUUGGAGCCAGCACGGUGCAAGCCCUGUGCCCAGGGCCCGGGAGCUGGGUAGGUGGUGCGGGUUCUCCAGCAGGUUGCCUCACUCCCACCUGCAUGAGAAGCAGUGCGUCACCCCAGCAGCCCCACCAAAGCAGCAACGGUGAACACAACUCUCCAGCACCUCAGAGGAAACCCCUUCUACUUCACCAGUGGAAUUUCCACCCUGCCCACUCUCCACAGGGUACACGAAAGCACAGGAUAACAUCCCAAAGACUGAGAGCAGCCAGGACCAAGCCAGGAAUCUUCAACAGAAAGGAGUGUCAAGGUUUUGGAUUUACUUUUGCUGUUUGUCUGGAGAGGGUAACAGUGUC